AAAUGUUGAACUUGUUUUUUGACUUUGCACUGAAAGAAUGAACACGAGGCGUAUGAGAACCAACGGAGACCGGCAGCUGAGUAUGGACACUGCUGAGACCAGCUACUGCUUCUGCUACCUGGAUCAGGGGACUCGCCUGUCUGACCUGCAGACUGCCGCUGACUGUCUGCAGGACUCUGAGUCUUUGGACCGCUGCAUCCAGACUGCUCUGUCAGACCUCUACCCGCCCUUCCAGGCCACAUCCCCGACUGUCCUCUGUCAGGUCCUCAGCGUGGUGCAGAGCUGCUACAGAGGAGACGGCCUUCGCUACCUGAUCCACUUCCUGUUGCCCGCAAAGCAGCUGUUAGCCAACCUGCAGCAAGACGCCUGCCUGCAGUACUGUGGUCUGCUGUUUCGCCAUGAAGGCUGGCCUCUGUGCGUCCAUGAGAAGGUAGCGGUUCAGCUCUGUCCUCUGGACCAACGCCUCCUCCGUCCAGGAGACUUCUACCUGCUGGUUUCUCCUCCUGCUGCUGUUCCUCGUCCUCAAGCACGCAGCGCCUCCUGUCGGAGCGCCGUGUCCUCCUCCCCCCGCCUGCUCGUGUGCAGCGUGUCGGCCGGCAGCCGUCAUGUGGAGCAGCAGGAGGUGUCGGAGAUAGCCCUGCGGUCCAUCUUCAGCAUGGCCUGGCUGGACUCUGUUAACAGGGAGAGGGAGCAGCGAGGAGCAUCCAGGCUGGAGCGCUGCCUCCUCUCUGCCCACGGAGACGUCUUCAGGGUCCCGUGGGAGGACCUGGUCUAUCCACAGUUCAUCAGCCGGCCCCGGAUCCUGAAGGAGGAUAAGGAGUCGUCCGUUAAGGAUGGAGAUGCGUUAAUUAAUGCAUCUCACAAUCCGUGUAGCGACAGGAGACAGGAUGUACAGCUCCUCCCAGCUACAAAAACUGACCAAUCAGCAGCGAGCAGUGAGGGCGAGGACUCGGAGGGCGAGUACGUGGAGCUGAUGGAGCUCCCGCUGCCUCGCUUCUCCCUCAGAAAGAACCAGCGCACACUGCGCCACGCACACACCUCAACACGCACCUCAACACACCCACUCCACCACGCACACACCUCAACACGCACCUCAAGACGCACACUCCGCCACGCACACACCUCAACAAACCCACUCCACCACGCACACACCUCAACACACACCUCAAGACGCACACUCCGCCACGCACACACCUCAACAACCCACUCCACCACGCACACACCUCAACACACCCACACCUCCACGCACACACCUCAACACGCACCUCAAGACGCACUCUCCGCCACGCACACACCUCAAGACGCACUCUCCGCCACGCACACACCUCAAGACGCACUCUCCGCCACGCACACACCUCAAGACGCACUCUCCGCCACGCACACACCUCAAGACGCACUCUCCGUCACGCACACACCUCAACACACACCGACUGACGCUACGACACACUCCGCCAGUAACACACACGCCACUUCCCACGCUGGGCUGUGCUCCAGGCUCCUCGAGGAGAACCUCAGCCAGGACUCCUGUGGACCCGUCAUCCUCACCCCCAUCUCCCCCACCUCCUCCUCUGCUCCUCCUGAAGUCGUGGGAACCUCCAGCUGUCAGUCGGAGCGCUGGACGUCUCAGGAGCAAAGAGGAGGUACUGACUCAGGCGGGAGUCUGAAGCUAAACACUGAACCUGCAAACUGCACAGAGCAGAGAGAGGAAGAGGAGGAGGUGGAGGAGAGCAAGGAGGAGGUGGCAGUGAAAGAGCGAGGGAAAGAGGAGGAGCUGAGGGAGAGGGAGAAAGGGAAGCAUGACAUGGUGGUUGAUGAGGAUGAGGAAAUGGAAGAAGAGCUGAAGUGUAGUAGGGAUGAAGAUUUACUGUUGUGCACACACACUGCUGAGGAGGGAGGAGAAAGGGAGGAGGAGGAGGAGGAGGGAAAUGAAUGUGAAGAGACAGAGGGUGAGGAAGAGUUGGAUGAGGAGGGAGGCGAUGAGUUUGAGGAGGUGGAGCUAGAAGAGGAAGUUCAAGUUAGAAUCGUGCAGCAGAGUCAAGGAAGGAGGGUGGAGGAGGAGCAAAUGAUGACGGAAGACAAGAGAGGAGGAGAAGGGGAAGAUGAUGACAGAGGUGAACAAAGGCGCACAGAUGAGGAGGCUGGCUCAUGUACGAACACGAGCUCUGAGGACUCUGAUUGUGAAAAGAACAGACAAUACACAGUGGAGUCCAACACACAACACUCUGAGGACUCUUAUUCUGAAAAUAAUACACAGCAUACACAGUCUGAAGACACUUAUUCUGAAAACACACUACAAAUGCACAAUGAGAACUCUUAUUCUGAAAAUAAUACACAGCAUAUACAGUCUGAAGACACUUAUUCUGAAAACACACUACAAAUGCACAAUGAGAACUCUUAUUCUGAAAAUAAUACACAGCAUACACAUUCUCAGGGCACUGAUUCUGAAAACAAAAAACAACUAGCACACUCUGAGGACUCUAAUUCUGAAAACAACGCACUACAGACACACAUGGAGGAGUCUAACACACCAGCGAUGGAUCCAGACUCACUUCCGUCUGAAAGUGGACAGGAAAGGCCGGAGGAGGAAGACGAGGAAGAAGAGGAGCAGUGCAGCUGUGAGGAGGUUGGUGGAGGAAGAACUACAGAGCUUCAGACUGAAGGCCUCAGCAGUCUGUCUGCUGGUCCCAGUCCAACAGAACCAGAACAACCCGUAGCCUCUCCACAGCCGGACCAGUCAGCUGCUUCCUCAGCCCCAGUGAGGCUCACCCAGUCCUCCCAGUCCAAGCAGUCCAGCUUCUACCGGGUGCUGCUGAGCUCUGGAGCCCUCUGUCUGCCAGGAACCAGAGACCGCAGUGGCCGCGCUUUGCUGGCGGUCAGCACCACGAACACCGUGUGGUCGAACCCCGACUGUGACAGCGCAGAGCUGCUCCGCCUCCUGCUCUACUACACCUCCACCCUCAGGAAGGAGGUGGCAGCGUUGGGGCUGACGGUGCUGGUGGACGCCCGCAGAGCCGCUCCUGUCCCCGCCCUGUUCUCCGCCCUCAGGUCCCUACAGGAGAACGUACCAGGCUCCAUCCACACUGUGUUCCUGCUGGUCAGCAAGGACUCGUCUCUGCGUCCGGACAGACCUGCAGCCACACAGGUGGAGGUGUUGAGCUCUCUGAAGUCUGUCCAGAAACACGUGGCGCUCCAGCAGCUUCCCGCAGAGUUCGGAGGGUCUUUCAGCUUCAGUCAGAGCAGCUGGCUCUGCUUCAGAUCGAGGGUGGAGCAGCUGACCAGUCAGUGUGAAAACGUCGUCAACCUCCUGCAGAAAACCAUCAACAUCCUGCAGUCCACACCUCUACCUGCUGCAGCUCAGGACGCCGAGCUGCUGUUGUCCAGGUACAAGGCGGUGAUGCGUAGCAUCCUCGAAGACAGCCGAUUGGUGCAGUUACAGCAGGAGGGCGGAGCCUCACUGUCGCGGCUCCGCAGGGAGGAGAGCAGCGUCAGAGAGACCGAAGAUUACCGGGCGGCGAUGGAGACGGUGUCGUCUCUGUACGAGGAGGUGGACGAGCUGCUGCACCGCCUGGUGAUGCUGUCCAACUCCAGGACCCAGGAGCUGCACUUCAUCCUGGAGUUCAGAAGCCUGGAGCAGGGCUUCACCGAGGUGAGCUCCUGGCUGGAGGAGGUCGGGGAGGUUCGUCUGAAGAGUCUGAGUGAACCGGAGGAUUCACUGGAGCUUCUGAACAAGAAGCAACACGACUUCAAAGAUUUCCACACUACUGCAUAUGAGCGCUGCAGACGUGGCGAGGCCUUGUUGGCUCGUCUGGAGCGUUGGGGCGACAUGUCGUCAGCUGACCUCCACGUCUAUGAGGCCAAGGUUCAUUCUUUCUGGGCUCAGCUUCAGGACUUCUCUCAGCGGGUCAACGCCAGCGGCCAGAACAUCGAGCGGGCCGUGCGACUGUACCGCUUCUUGGACCAGAUCAGCGGUGAACAGUUUGUGUUCCAGCUGGCGAGAUACGGCGAGGAGCUCACUUCCUGUGUGACAUCUCAAACACUUUCUAAACAUCCUAAUCGGGUGGAAGUCACCGAACGACCUUCUGUGGGUAUGAUUGGUCGACGCUGUAAUCAGUGCGUCCUGCAGUACGCUGCGUGUGUCCUGGAGAUCAACCUGAACCGAAACACCAGAACCAGGAGGAGGAGGCCGUUUCUCCUCCGUUGGUGCCUCAGUGAGCCGCAGAGCUUCAGUUCAGUUCCUCCUCAGGUCCUCGCUGAUCUUCACAUCUGCAGUGAGGACAGCCUAUGCUGGGCGUUGGAGGGCAUGCGCCACCUAGCUGGUAUCAGUAUGGAGGAGUGCACGCUGCCAGACAAAUGCCAGGCUGUGAUUGGCUGCCUGGAGGACUACCACCGCCAACACCCGCCAAUCCCGGACGGCCGGUUUCAGGAGAUGAAGGCGGUGGCGGGCGAGCUGCGCGGCGAGCGAGGGCUCCGUCAGUGGAGCUUUGCCUGGUCCAAGUGUCAGGAGACCAAGAUGAUGUUUGACAGGAAGAUGGAGGCGGCGCUCAGGACACGAGACUCCGCCCACAGGCAGCGCUCUGACUCCACCUCCAGUAGAAGCUCCGCCUCCUCCAGGAAAACGCUGUCAGGACUCUGGGGGGUCCACGAGACCUCCUGUCCCCCUGAGGAGGACUCCAAAACUUCCUCCCUUCCUCGUAACACCUCCUCCUCCUCCCUGCUCUCCCUCACCCCCACCCCUCGUAACACACUCCUCCUCCUCCUUGCUCUCGCUC